AUGUUGGCUCGUCCUUGUAUGCGCGCCCUCGGCAGGGCCAGGACCGCUCGCGUGUCGUCGGCAGCAGCAUGCAGAGCAGCUGUCCGUCCGGCGCUCGCUGGCGGCUAUGCCACUAUCUCGAAGGGCACCCGGCACGAGGAGACAUCGGCCCGCUCGGCCGUCAUCAAUGUGCUUCAGAACCUUGGAUCCAAGCGUGAGUAA